ACUUAAAUGCCACUUUGACUUUUUUUGUAGACUGUUUUAUAAAAAUGGAUAAAGCCUUGUGUUGUUAUAAGCCCACUGGACUAUAAUGUGAGCCCACUAACAAACGUAACUUCUAAUUAAUUCAACAAACCAAACCUCUUUCUUCCAACAGCUUCAUCGUUUUAUCUUCUAAUCUUCUUCUUUGAAACGUAUCAAUCAAAGCAGCUCAAAUCAAGCUCGCAAAGAUGAUGCACAUGACCUUCUACUGGGGAAUCAAAGCCACAAUUCUCUUCGAUUUCUGGAAAACUGACUCAUGGCUCAGUUACAUCCUCACUUUAAUCGCUUGCUUCGUCUUCUCCGCUUUCUAUCAAUACCUCGAGAAUCGCCGCAUCCAAUUCAAAUCCCUUUCCUCUUCCCGUCGUCCUCCUCCUCCUCGCUCUUCCUCCGGCGUCUCUGCUCCUCUUAUCCCCAAAUCCGGUACCAGAUCCGCCGCUAAAGCUGCUUCGGUGCUGCUUUUUGGUGUCAACGCUGCGAUCGGUUACUUGCUGAUGCUUGCUGCUAUGUCUUUCAACGGAGGCGUUUUCAUCGCGAUUGUCGUCGGGUUAACCGCUGGAUACGCAGUUUUCAGAUCUGAUGACGGCGGUGCUGAUAUUGCGACGGAUGAUCCAUGCCCAUGUGCUUGAAUCUUGAUUGGUGAUAAAAAACCUAAAUCGGAAAAUCCCAAAAAGGUGUGUGUUUGAUAAAAUUGAUGUUUGUAUGUUUGUAUUGUUGUUUAUUUCUGUAUAAUUAGUUUUCUUUGUAACGAAGUAUCGAUCCAAAUGCGUUUCUUUAAAAAAAUUGCAACUUUGAGUUCUUAUGAUUGAGCCAUAUAAAUUCCCCAGAUUUGA